AUGUCUGCACUGGCGAGGCCAGGUCUUCUCCUGGUCGGAAGUCUCCAGCACACUCAGCAGGAGUGUGAGCGCCUCCGCACCAAGUAUGAUGUGCUUCAAUUCACAGGGAUCAGGAAUGAGUUCCUCCAGAAUUGCAAACAGGGUAACUUCAAUCAUGUUGCCGGCCUCUACCGCACCAAUUCCACAAAAGAGACCGGACCGUUCGACAAAGAACUAGUCCUAUCACUACCGGAUUCACUCAAGUAUAUUGGUCUCAAUGGCGCUGGGUAUGAUGGUAUGGAUAUAUCUGCCUGUACGGAGCGGAACAUUCGUAUCUCGAAUACCCCGAACGUCGUUGCGAAUGCCACGGCAGAUGUGGCGAUGUUCUUGCUCCUGGGGGCGUUGCGACAUGCAAUGAUUCCUCUGCAAGCACUAAGGGAUGGAAGGUGGAAGGAGGGAGCACCUCUUGGUCAUGAUCCUUAUGGUAAGACUCUUGGUAUACUCGGCAUGGGAGCCAUUGGUCAGGCCCUAGCUCAUCGAGCUCGCGCAUUCGGACUGAGGAUAAUAUACCACAAUCGGUCGAGACUAUCCAAAGAUAAAGAGGGGUCAGCGACCUAUGUCACUUUUGACGAGUUACUCCAGUCGUCGGACAUACUGAGUCUCAACCUCCCAGCUACCCCAGAAACGCGGCAUACUCUUUCGCAGCCACAGUUCGAGAUAAUGAAAAAUGGUGUUGUGGUGAUCAACACCGCGCGAGGCUCUCUAAUCGAUGAAGCAGCGCUAGUGAAUGCUUUAAACAGCGGGAAGGUUCUAUCUGCAGGAUUGGAUGUUUAUGAAGAUGAGCCCAGAGUACAUCUUGGCCUUAUCAGUAAUGACCGUGUUAUGCUUCUUCCGCAUAUUGGCACGACGACUGUUGAGACUAAGCGGGAGAUGGAGUUGCUGGCAUUGCGGAAUCUUGAACAUGCGUUAGAUCAUGGGGAGUUGCUGACGCCAAUUCGGGAGCAAUCUUGA